AUGGAUGCGAUAACGCUUUUCAAGCGAAUGCACCGUCUCGAUCCGGAGAUUGCGGUGUCAGCUAAUGUCGCUAAUGACAUAGCUCUAGAAAUAGCAAAGAAAGCUUAUGCUACGGGGGAGAUGCUCAAGCUCCGCCUUCUAGAUAUGGUUGACAGAACUCUUCUUGAUCGUGCCGCCGAACGUUUUCCCAAGAAUCUUGAAAAAAGUGAAGCAAACAAUUUUCUCGGGAGUAAAUCGUUCCGGGAUUGGUUUUCUUAUCUUGAGGGCCUAGUUCAACCCGAACGGAAGUCUACGCUCUCGGACUUGGUUAAAAAGCAGGUCCCGGAUGUCGAGCAUGUCGCGGUUAAGAAUUUAGUCUCAGAACUCAGCACGUUCGUUGCUGGAAAGAAGCGCUUGGCUGACAAGGAGACCUUAAUCAAGAAGGUAGUCUCCAGAAUCACAGACGUGGUAAAUCGCUACACCUCGUCUCAAGAAUGGUUCGUAUUCGGGAAUAACAAUGACUUAAAGCCCUUGGUGGAUGGUGCGAACGUCUUUCCAGACAGCCUUAUCGUGAUGGAUGAGAUCAACAAAGCCGCUAAAGAGCUAUUUCAAACGCAAGGGACAGAUGUUUCGCCUGAGGAUUUUCAAUCGGCUGUGAAGAAAAUCUUGGAUGACACUUCGGUCAUUGGCGAGGUCCCGAACGACGACGCCUUAGCAAUGUUGGUGCCAAAGCUAAAAUUAGCUGCUGAGGAGGCCAAGAAUCACAAGCAAGUCUUGGACGAGAAGAAAAUCAUGACUGACAAGCUGGCCUUCGCAACUAUAGGAAGUGUUUUGCCAUUUUUAAAAGGCAAUAUCAGGUUGCCUGAAAUCAUAGUGGCUGCCGUCAAAAGGGGCGAUUUGCAUGCUCUGGGAUCCAGGUAUGAGGACAUUUACCUUGAUCGUCUAGUUGAACUCAGUAAGCCCACCGAGAUCUGGGAGCAAAUGGGACUGGUUCAUUAUAUCACGUCUCUCGGUGUGGAUCACGAUGCAAAAAAUGCCAUCACAAAACUAUUGAUAAAACUCAACGAAAAAGGAGGCAAAUCUCUCGUGGACGAUGUGGUGGAAGUGAUGCCAAAUCUGAAAAGUGCGGACCUUUCGGACUAUUUUUGUCAAGCCGCUCUCUUGAUCACAGAUAGGAAAGCAACCGAUGUGCUUAAGGAACUGGUAGGUGAGACCGAUGGCCGUCCGAUGGAUGUUUUUCAGCAUAAACGCAUUCGCCUGUACUUAAAAUAUGCAAGUUGGGAGUUUGAGAAGUUGACGGUCGAUUACUUUCAUAAGUCUUUGCCCAAAAAGGCGAUUCUCAAUUAUGAUGGAAAAAAGGACUUUUAUUUCUUAGACCUUGUGAAGCAGAGAAUUAAGGAGAUGCCGGAAGAAGGCUGGGCCGCGUAG